GAGGAAGGCUGUGCUUCUCUGGUCUCAGCUCUGAAGUCAAACCCCUCACACCUGAGAGAGCUGGACCUGAGUAACAAUGACCUGAAGGAUUCAGGAGUGAAGCUGCUCUCUGCUGGACUGGAGAAUCCACACUGCAGACUGGAGACUCUGAGGCUGUCAGGCUGUCUAGUCACAGAGGAAGGCUGUGCUUCUCUGGUCUCAGCUCUGAGGUCAAACCCCUCACACCUGAGAGAGCUGGACCUGAGCUACAAUCACCCAGGAGACUCAGGAGUCAGACUGCUCUCUGCUGGACUGGAGGAUCCACACUGCAGACUGGAGAAACUCAAUGUGGAACAUGGUGGAGAGAACAGAUUGAAACCUGGACUUAGAAAAUAUGUCUGUGAUCUCACACUGGACCCAAACACAGUAAACAGACUCCUCUCUCUGUCUGAGGAGAACAGAAAGGUGACAUGUAGGACAAAGGAGCAGCCAUAUCCUGAUCACCCAGAGAGAUUUGAGGACCUUAAACAGGUGCUGUGUAGAGAGGGUCUGACUGGGCGCUGUUACUGGGAGGUAGAGUGGAGUGGGAGAGGGGCUGUUAUAGGAGUGACAUAUAAAGGAAUCAACAUGAGAGGAGGGGUUAAGGACUGUUGGCUUGGAUACAAUGACAAGUCCUGGAGUCUGUUCUGCUCUGACAACAGUUACAGAGCCUGUCACAAUAAUCAUCUCACUACCAUAGACGUCCCCUCCUCCAGCUCCCACAGAGUAGGAGUGUAUCUGGACUGGCCAGCCGGCACUCUGUCCUUCUAUAGAGCCUCCUCUGACACACUGACCCACCUGAUCACAUUCACCUCCACAUUCACUGAACCCCUCUAUCCAGGAUUUUGGGUUUGGGAUGAUGACUCCUCAGUGUCAAUAAUAACAUGACACACACACAAACACUCACACACUGAAACACUCACACACACUGGACACACACACACACACUGGACACACGCAAACACACACUGGACACACGCAAACACACACUGGACACACGCAAACACACACUGGACACACGCAAACACACACUGGGCACACGCAAACACACACUGGACACACGCAAACACACACUGGACACACGCAAACGCACACUGGACACACGCAAACGCACACUGGACACGCGAAUAAACACUGACGCGCAUAAACACUGACACACACAUACGCGCAUAAACACUGACACACACACACAAACACUGACACACACACACAUACU